AAUCACAUUGAGCAGUAGAGCGUUACAGGUGAAUGUCGAAUCUGCCUUGCUCUCGAGAUAACGCCAACAACUACACCCUCACGGCCGAUCUGCGCGCUGACAACACCCCUCCGUACGCAAUCCUCUCCCACACGUGGGGCGCCGACGAGGUGGUCUACACCGAUAUAAAGGCGAGGCCAAGUGAAUGGCAACAGAAAGUCGGCUACUGCAAGAUCCAAUUCUGCGCUGAUCAAGCGAAGCGACAUGGCCUACAACAUUUCUGGGUUGACACUUGCUGUAUCGACAAAUCUGACGGCAUCGAACUCCAGACUGCGAUCAACAGCAUGUUCAGAUGGUACCGUGAUGCGAAACGAUGCUACGUCUAUCUAUCCGAUGUUUCCUAUCCCUCGACCUCCAGUCAGCCGCCAGGGGUUGGGUCGUGGGAGGCUGCGUUCCGCGGCAGCCGUUGGUUCACGCGCGGCUGGACACUACAAGAGCUCAUCGCCCCGCAGAUUGUCGAGUUCUACUCGAGGGAAGGGGUCUUCUUAGGCGAUAAGAGGUCUUUGGAGGCUGUCAUACGCGACGUGACGGGUAUUCCUGCCAGGGCCUUACGAAAUACACCAUUAUCCUACUUUACGACUUCAGAACGCGAAGCGUGGAUAUGCAAUCGGGAAACAACGUGUGAGGAAGACAUGGCAUACUCGUUGCUCGGAAUAUUUGACCUCUACAUGCCGCUCCUCUACGGCGAGGGUCGCGAACGAGCACAGAGAAGGUUGCGACAAGAGGUCCAGAAAUCUGUGAAAGGUACCUACGACAACAACUUUCUGAUCGGCUUCAACCUGUCUGGUGUUCCUGAGACUCCACAUUUCGUAGCAAGAGAUGGAGAAGUAGCAGAGAUGCGAAGAAUGCUAUGCUCGGAUGGAAGCCGUUGCACUGUCAUUCUCCAUGGUCUCGGCGGCAUUGGCAAGACACAGCUCGCUGCAACGUAUAUCAAACGAUACCGGGACGAGUACUCGGCGAUCUUCUGGCUGAAUAUUAAGGACGAAGCGUCCAUCCAACAGAGCUUCGCUAGGAUCGCAACGCAGAUCCUGGAACAGAAUCCCGAUGUCGGCAGCCUCAAGGGUCUGAACCUGCUGCAAGACCACGACAAGAUUAUUCAGGCCGUGAAAGCGUGGCUCAGCUUGCCAGGCAAUACCAGAUGGCUUAUUGUGUACGACAAUUACGACAACCCAAAGCUUCCCGGGCGGGUGACCGAUACAGCGGUUGACAUACACCAAUUUCUUCCCAUGGCAUAUCAGGGUUCAAUUAUUGUCACAACGCGGCUGUCGCAAGUCGACAUAGGGCAUCAAAUUCGAAUCGAGAAACUCAAGUCCGACUGGGAGAGUUUGCAAAUACUGUCAAGGGCGUCAGGCCGAAAUGGUUUACAAGAUGAUGGUGAUGCGAAAGAACUUGUGCGAGAACUGGAUGGGCUUCCUCUUGCUCUUGCUACGGCUGCAGCAUAUCUGAAGCGUGUCCCAAUCAGCUUCCGAGACUACCUUCGCCACUAUCGGGAAUCUUGGGCAAGACUCACGGGCAAUCUGCAUCUUGGUUCUUAUGCAGACCGCACCUUAUGUUCAACAUGGCAGCUGUCAUAUGAACAUGUGCAGGCACAGAACCCACUUGCGGCUCAUCUGCUCCGGUGGUGGGCCUACUUCAACAAUGAAGACAUAUGGUAUGAUCUUUUCCGAGCCAGCAGAGAAGACGGCCCGGCGUGGAUGGGGCAGCUUUCAGAAGAGCUCAACUUCAACGAUGCAAUGGGCGUACUCCAUGACUACGGCCUAGUGGAACCUACAACCAUGUUCCAGGAGCCACAAGGGUACAGCAUACACAGUUGUCUACAUUCCUGGACUAUUCAUAUAUUGAAUGAGGAGUGGGACAGCUGCUUGAACAAGCUUGCAGUGGAAAGUGUGGCAUCACAGGUUCCUUCACGAGAGCAAGCCGAGUAUUGGCUUCUUCAGAAGAGACUAAUAUCACAUGCGAUCCGGUCUUGUUCAACAGUACAAGAGAGCAAUUGUCCUACAGAUCGGGCUUUUCAUUCUCUAGGUAAUCUUUACGCUGACCAGGGGAAGCUGGGCGAGGCCGAGAAGAUGUACUUGCGGGCGCUCCAUGGGUGCGAGAAGGCACUGGGACCGGAUCACACAUCAACACUUGAAACAGUACACAACCUUGGGAACCUCUACGCUGACCAGGGGAAGCUAGGCGAGGCCGAGAAGAUGUAUCUACGGGCGCUCCAUGGGUACGAGAAGGCACUAGGACCGGAUCACACAUCAACACUAAGCACAGUCCACAACCUUGGGAACCUUUACAAAAACCAGGGGAAGCUAGGCGAGGCCGAGAAGAUGUACUUGCGGGCGCUCUAUAGGUGCGAGAAGGCACUGGGACCGGAUCACACAUCAACACUAAGCACAGUCCACAACCUUGGGAACCUCUACGCUUACCAGGGGAAGCUGGGCGAGGCCGAGAAGAUGUACUUGCGGGCGCUCCAUGGGUGCGAGAAGGCACUGGGACCGGAUCACACAUCAACACUAAGCACAGUCCACAACCUUGGGAACCUCUACGCUGACCAGGGGAAGCUGGGCGAGGCCGAGAAGAUGUACUUGCGGGCGCUCCAUGGGUACGAGAAGGCACUAGGACCGGAUCACACAUCAACACUAAGCACAGUCCACAACCUUGGGAACCUCUACGCUGACCAGGGGAAGCUAAGCGAGGCAGAGAAGAUGUAUCUACGGGCGCUCCAUGGGUACGAGAAGGCACUAGCACCAGAUCACACAUCAACACUUCAAACAGUCAACAACCUUGGGAACCUCUACGCUGACCAGGGGAAGCUGGGCGAGGCCGAGAAGAUGUAUCUACGGGCGCUCCAUGGGUACGAGAAGGCACUGGGACCGGAUCACACAUCAACACUUGAAACAGUACACAACCUUGGGGCCCUUUACGCUAACCAGGGGAAGCUGGGCGAGGCCGAGAAGAUGUACUUGCGGGCGCUCCAUGGGUGCGAGAAGGCACUAGGACCGGAUCACACAUCAACACUAAGCACAGUCAACAACCUUGGGAACCUCUACGCUGACCAGGGGAAGCUAAGCGAGGCAGAGAAGAUGUAUCUACGGGCGCUCCAUGGGUACGAGAAGGCACUAGCACCAGAUCACACGUCAACACUUCAAACAGUACACAACCUUGGGAACCUCUACGCUGACCAGGGGAAGCUGGGCGAGGCCGAGAAGAUGUAUCUACGGGCGCUCCAUGGGUACGAGAAGGCACUGGGACCGGAUCACACAUCAACACUUGAAACAGUACACAACCUUGGGGCCCUUUACGCUAACCAGGGGAAGCUGGGCGAGGCCGAGAAGAUGUACUUGCGGGCGCUCCAUGGGUGCGAGAAGGCACUAGGACCGGAUCACACAUCAACACUAAGCACAGUCAACAACCUUGGGAACCUCUACGCUGACCAGGGGAAGCUAAGCGAGGCAGAGAAGAUGUAUCUACGGGCGCUCCAUGGAUACGAGAGAGCUAUAGGACUUGAAAACGUCACAACAUACCGGCCGGCCAUCAACACCCUUAAUAACCUAGGAUCUCUCCUCUCGGGACAGGGCCGUUCGAUUCAAGCGCGCCAAUACUAUCAACGUGGUUACGACGGUCUUGUAAAACUCCUCGGGCCAUCGCAUCAGGCUGUUGAGUCAGCGCGACACACUCUCCAGCUUACACACAGCGCGAUUGAGAAUGGGAUGUGUUCGAACGAAGACCAACACGUGACCGAUCCAGCACAACCCGGAGCAUCGAAGAAGAGGCGACGAGACGUAGAGUAGAAAAGUUA